AUGAAUCCAGGCAAUGCAAGUGCUCCAAAGAUCUUCAUUCUCUUGGGUUUCUCCAACCAUCCCUGGUUGGAAAUGCCUCUCUUUAUAAUAGUGCUUAUUGCUUAUGUCUGCACGUUGGUGGGCAACAUCUCAAUUAUUGUGGUAUCCAGGGUAGAUCCUCGCCUUGACAGCCCUAUGUACUUCUUCCUUUCCAACCUCUCCUUCUUAGACUUGUGUUUUACCACAACCACUAUUCCUCAGCUGCUGCUAAACUUGUGGGGCCCAGAUAAGUCCAUCACCUAUGGGGGCUGUGUGACCCAGUUUUACUUGUUUCACUUCCUGGGAGCUACCGAAUGUAUCCUCUUAGCUGUGAUGUCGUUAGAUCGUUACAUUGCCAUCUGCAAGCCCUUGAGAUACCCUUCUAUCAUGCACCGGCGACUCUGUUUUCUUCUGGUGACCAUGGCAUGGUUAAGUGGUUUGGUUAACUCCUUGCUUCAGUCAUCCCUCACUGUCCAGCUACCAUUUUGUGGUAACAGCAAGGUAGAUGACUUUCUGUGUGAGGUCCCAGUGAUGAUCAAGAUGUCAUGUGUUGACACCACAUUCAAUCUAGCCAUGCUCUCCAUUGUGGGGACCUUCUAUUCCUUGGUUCCUUUAUCACUUAUCCUUGUGUCUUAUGGAUUCAUUGUGGCUACUGUACUCAGAAUUCAAUCCUCAGAGGGAAAGAAGAAGGCCUUUAACACAUGUGGUUCUCAUGUUGUUGUUGUGUCUCUCUUCUAUGGGCCAGUAAUCAGCAUGUAUGUACAACGCUCUGCUACCAACUCCCAGGAUGAAAACAAUCUUAUGUCCCUUUUCUACAGUUUGGUGACUCCUAUGCUUAACCCUUUCAUCUAUACUUUAAGGAACAAGGACAUGAAAGGGGCAAUGAGGAGGCUUCUUGUCUCAUUGUUUCAUGAAGGAAGAGAACAAACAUAA